UUGCCAGAGGAGGUCACUGUUGAGGAAAUUGAAACUCCCGAAGGUAAGCCCAAGCAAAAGAAAAUUACAAAACGCAUCAUCAAGAAGAAGGUAGGUCCUAAGGUAGAAACUACACAAAUCACAACAGAACAAGAGGAUGAUAAAACACCUGUUAUCACAGUACACACCUCACACACACUCACCGAUGAAACACUCACACCUCUCGAAACACUCCACACACCCGAAACGGCACACGUAGUCGAAGAACUGCCAGAAGAAGUUAAAAUAACCGAAGUGAAAACGGAGACUGGUGAUGUCCAAAAGGUUAAAACGACUAAACGGGUCAUAAAGAAGAGGCAGGGACCCAAGCAGGAAGUGACAGAGAUAACAACCGAGGAGAAAGAGGGUGAACAACCCGUCACAACCGUUUCCGUGACAGAAGAAGAAACACCGAAAGAAGAACAAGAGAAACCGGUUGAAAUGGUAGAAUUUCCAGAGGAGGUCACUGUUGAGGAAAUUGAAACUCCCGAAGGUAAGCCCAAGCAAAAGAAAAUUACAAAACGUAUCAUCAAGAAGAAGGUAGGUCCUAAGGUAGAAACUACACAAAUCACAACAGAACAAGAGGAUGAUAAAACACCUGUUAUCACAGUACACACCUCACACACACUCACCGAUGAAACACUCACACCUCUCGAAACACUCCACACACCCGAAACGGCACACGUAGUCGAAGAACUGCCAGAAGAAGUUAAAAUAACCGAAAAGAGGCAGGGACCCAAGCAGGAAGUGACAGAGAUAACAACCGAGGAGAAAGAGGGUGAACAACCCGUCACAACCGUUUCCGUGACAGAAGAAGAAACACCGAAAGAAGAACAAGAGAAACCGGUUGAAAUGGUAGAAUUUCCAGAGGAGGUCACUGUUGAGGAAAUUGAAACUCCCGAAGGUAAGCCCAAGCAAAAGAAAAUUACAAAACGCAUCAUCAAGAAGAAGUACACACCUCACACACACUCACCGAUGAAACACUCACACCUCUCGAAACACUCCACACACCCGAAAACGGCACACGUAGUCGAAGAACUGCCAGAAGAAGUUAAAAUAACCGAAGUGAAAACGGAGACUGGUGAUGUCCAAAAGGUUAAAACGACUAAACGGGUCAUAAAGAAGAGGCAGGGACCCAAGCAGGAAGUGACAGAGAUAACAACCGAGGAGAAAGAGGGUGAACAACCCGUCACAACCGUUUCCGUGACAGAAGAAGAAACACCGAAAGAAGAACAAGAGAAACCGGUUGAAAUGGUAGAAAUUGCCAGAGGAGUACACACCUCACACACACUCACCGAUGAAACACUCACACCUCUCGAAACACUCCACACACCCGAAACGGCACACGUAGUCGAAGAACUGCCAGAAGAAGUUAAAAUAACCGAAGUGAAAACGGAGACUGGUGAUGUCCAAAAGGUUAAAACGACUAAACGGGUCAUAAAGAAGAGGCAGGGACCCAAGCAGGAAGUGACAGAGAUAACAACCGAGGAGAAAGAGGGUGAACAACCCGUCACAACCGUUUCCGUGACAGAAGAAGAAACACCGAGAGAAGAACAAGUGAAACCGGUUGAAAUGGUAGAAUUGCCAGAGGAGGUCACUGUUGAGGAAAUUGAUACUCCCGAAGAUGUCCCUGAAAAUAUACAAGUUGUUGAACGAAAAACAGCUACGAGAAAGAAACAUCACCCGAAGAAGGAAGUCACGGAGGACCAGAUCGACAAAGAAAUUGGAGAUAAAAUCACUGAAUCAAAAAAACCUAAAAAGCUUUUAAAGCCUGAGAAAAUCGAGCGAAUCGAGUUGAAAAUUGAUGAAGCUAAAUUUGCAGAGGAGUCAAUUCAGCCUCAAUUCUCUAAAAUUAAAUUAAAGAAGCCUACUAUUAAGCCUAAAUCAGAACCUUCUACAGUUAUUUUACCCAAAUUUCAAUUAAAAAGUCGUAUUAAGUUUAUUACCGAUUGGCCUCCAAACGAGAUAACACCUAUUGUUACAUUUUUGGGAAGUGUGCGUCAAAAUGGAGAACUGUCCAGAAACAUGAAAGAAGCUGCCAAAUUACGCAAAAAAGUGAUAAAGGCAGUUAAUUUACCGGAAUUAGUAAAAACUGAACUUGAAAAGCCUUUAUUUACUCACUCGGAUAUAGUAGAUAGCCGUAAUCAACCCAAAAGGGCCACCUAUGAAAUAGAUGAUAGUGUUUUGGAAAGUAGAUUAGAUGAAGAACAAAACGAUUUGUUUGAUGAACUCCAAGAUAAGUCCGUAAUGGAAGAACCAGAGAAUUUUACAGUUACGCCUCGGAGGCCCAGUGUUAAAAAAGUAGAAGAGGUAGUCGAUGAAAUAACCAUAAAAAAGAAACUUAAACCAGUUCGAAAAUCAUCUGUUACUGUGACUGAAAUAACUGAACCCGAGGAAGUAACUUUUAGACCAAAAGUAACUAAAACUAAGGAGGAUGUUGAACAAGAAUUUAAUAUUCAGCUGGAUUCUUAUGCAGAGGAGGAAAUAUCGAUGUCGAGUAAAGUCAAACUCAAACAACAAAAACAGCCAACAUUUACUGAAGCAGCAGAUGAAACUUCCAUUCAAUUUUAUGAAGAAAACUUAAAAGAAGACGUUGAUAUAGUAGAAAUAAUUGAUGACAUUGAUAAAGAAGAUAACAAUGAUUUCAUUAUACCUUUGAAAAAACCAUUUAUUAAAAAUACAGAUGAAAUAAAUUCAAACGUUACUGUUCCAAAACCCAAACCAGUUCAACAGAAAACAGAAUUUUUCGAAGACGUGACGUUCGAUUUAGGAGAGCAAAAGCAAUAUGUUAACGAUAAUCAAGAAAUUUCUUUUGACAUCAGACAGCAAACAGACGCUUUGAUGCAACAAGAAGUUAAUUUGUCGAGUAAUAUUAAAUUAUCUGCCAAAAGAAAACCUACAAUUUCUGAGGCAGGUGAUUCAACUUCUAUUAUAAUUAAAAAGGAAAUUCAGUCGGACGCACAUGCAGAUGAAGUUAUUUUAAGCGAUGAUGAAAUUGAAAGCAAUGUUGAAAUGGUCAUUAAAAGAAAACCCUCGAAACAAACGUAUGAAGUGAAUGAAGUAGAAGAAUUAAAUGUGGAUCUAAAAUCCAAGAAGCCUUCUUUUGAAACUUUCGAAGGAGAGCAUAUAACCAUAUCGACAAAACGCAAACCUCAGAAACAUGUAAAAGUUCAGGAAGCUGAAGUAUCUAUUAGUAUAGCCAAAGAGCAAGAAUUUCCAGAUACCCCUGUUAAUGUGCGAUGUGGUGAUACUGUUUUCGCGGUUUAUUCGUAUGUUGCCGAAACUGAAGAGGCUAUUAAUUUAGUUGAAGGAGAAAGACUUUAUAUCUUAGAAACCACAAAUCAAGAUUGGUGGUUUGUUCGUAAACAUCUCACUGAAGAAAAGGGAUGGGUUCCGGCUCAAUAUUUGAUGGAUGAAGCCAACUACACUCUAUAUCUGCAAAAGAAGUUGAAUGAAAAAAUUGAUAAGCUACCAGUAUUCGAGAAACCAGCAUCUGAAGAACAGGCCAUAGCUCCGAUAUUUGUCGAAAAACUGCGUCCAAAACAUACACCCGAUGGAUCGACGGUACAAUUUGAAUGUCAAGUUGGGGGCUAUCCAAGACCACAGAUUACGUGGUUCAGACAAACAGCAAUAAUUAAACCUUCUCAAGAUUUCCAAAUGUAUUACGACGACGACAAUGUGGCAACUCUUGUUAUCCGUGAGGUGUUUCCGGAAGAUGCAGGGACUUUUACAUGUGUCGCGAAGAAUGCAGCCGGUUUCGCAUCUAGUACAGCUGAGCUGACAGUAGAGGCGCCACUCUCAGAUCAUGGCUCAGAAAUGACAGUUCUUUCUCGCAAAAGUCUCUCCCGAGAAUCUUCGUUGGCGGACAUACUCGAAGGCAUACCUCCAACUUUUUCUAAACGUCCUAAAGCCCAGUACGUUGACGAAGGUUCAAAUAUAUUCCUUGAAUGUAGAUUAGUUGCUAUCCCAGAACCAGAUAUCGCUUGGUUCUUUAAAGGUGAAGAGGUCAUACCGAACGAUUCCGUCUCCGUAACUACGGAAUCUGAUAUGCAUAUGUAUUGUAGUGUCUUAAAAAUAGAAAAUGUUAAGAAAUUCCAGGAAGGGACAUAUACAGUUUUAGCCGUUAAUAGAGAAGGUGAAGCAAGCUUGCCUAUUGUUCUUAAAAUAAGGACUGGUGAAAAGGAAAAACCCCAAGUUAUAGAACCAUUAAAGAGUAUGACUAUAAGAGAAGGUGAUAGCGUUGUUCUUUCGACGCAAGUAGUAGGAAGCCCAGAACCUAAAGUGACUUGGUUUAAGAACAAUAAACCAGUUAAAUCAUCAGCUCUAAAGUCAGAUGGCGAUAUUCAUACUAUAACACUUGUUAAACCUGUAAAAGGAAAAGAUGACGGUGUAUAUUCCCUGAGAGCUAUAAACUCUGAGGGAUCGGUCGAAACAAGUGCAGUUAUAAUAAUAGAAGAACCUACGGAAGAAAAUGCAGAACCACCUCUAUUUAUCAACAGAUUCCAAGAAAUUACUGUAAAAGAAAAGGGAACUAUAAAACUGCGUGCAAAAGUUACGGGUAAUCCCGUACCAACAAUCACUUGGUACAGAAAUAAUCAGAUCAUCAUACCAAAUGAAAGAGUUUCACAAAACUUUGACGGUGAAAACAUCUGCUUAAUUAUUACAAAUGUAGAUUCGGAAGUGGAUUCUGGGGAUUAUAAAUGUGUGGCAGCUAACUCUGCUGGUAAAGCAUCUCAUGGUGCUCGCGUUACUAUUGAUGUAGAAAGAGUAACUUUUAUUAAAAACUUAAAACACCAAUAUGUAACAAAGGAAGGAAAAACUGUUAUCUUGGAAUGUGAAACAUCACACACGGUCUCUACAAAGUGGUAUCACAAUGAUAACGAACUCAGUGGCAUGGAUCAUAGAGAAAUUAUUCAAGAAGGUCGCAUUCAUAAAUUGAGAAUAAAGAAAACCAAGCUUUCUGACAAAGGAAUAUUUAAAUGCAUUGUCAAAGGUCAAGAAACCCAAACUCAGCUUUUUGUUGAUGAAACUAUCCCGGAAUUCUUACGUAAACUUCAAGAUUUCGAGGUUAAAGAACGAGACGUUGCCAUAUUAGAAGUAGAAAUCAGUUCGGAGAACGCCGAUGUAAUUUGGGAAAAAGAUGGACAAACCAUAAAGCCGAAAAAGAACAAAUAUGAACUGGAAAAACGAGGAAACAUAAGAAAACUAUUCAUCAGAAACACAUCUGUUCACGAUGAAGGUGAAUAUAUUUGUAAAUUACAAAAUGAUGCUUGUUCUGCUGAAGUUACGGUAGUGGAACUACCUCCAGAAAUUAUAUCAAGACUGCAAAACCAAAGGGUUAACAAAGGAAACAAAGCAACGUUUGAAAUAGAAUUAACUAAAGGUGAUGCUCUUGUGAGAUGGUUAAAAGAUGGACAUGAAAUACAACUUUCAAAUCACAUGCAACUUACUAUUGAUGGCAAAAAACAAAAACUGAAAAUAUAUGAUUGUGACAAUAGCGAUGCUGGUGACUACUCGUGUGAGGUUGGAAAUGAUCGUUGCACUGCAAAACUUAUAGUUGAUGAACCCACAGUUGAUUUCACUAUAAGGCUUCCCGAAAUUAUAGUUGUACAAGCUAAUACAGAUGCACAUCUAACGGUAGAGCUUCCACACGAUGCACUAACCGUUGUGUGGUACAGACGUAAGACAGUAAUCGAGGAUUCGGAAAAGUUCACACUUAUAUCCGAUGGCAGAAAACGGACCCUUAUCAUACGGAAAUGCUUAGAAGAAGAUCAAUCCGACUACUCAUGUCAGCUACUAGACACCAAGUGCACGACAAAACUAAAGGUGGAAGUAAUCGAGUUUGCUCCUAAGAUCGUCUCCUACGAGCCAACUUAUAGAAUCCGUCGGGGUGGUAACACCAAAAUUGAGGUGGCUUAUGCAGCACAUCCUCCGCCACAUGAUAGUUGGACUAAAGAGGACCUACCCGUUAAACGCUCUAAGCUAUCACGGUCAUCUUUAUUACCCGACUUGGCUUCCCUUACCCUGCACAAGCUCGAUAGCACUCACUCCGGAAAAUACUCACUUACUUUAACAAACAACAUUGGAACGGCUACCGUUGACAUAGAUGUUGUCGUUAUUGAUAUACCAUCUCCUCCUGGCAAACUUGUUAUUUUGGAGGUGGGUGAUACCAGUGUAAAUGUUUUCUGGUCCCAACCUAAAGACCUCGGUGGCUCCAGCAUUGAAUGCUACAUCCUAGAAUACCAGGAGGAAAAUACAAUAGAGUGGAUAUCUAUUGAAAACAUUAAAAAGACGCAGUAUUGCAUCGAGAAUCUUAAAACAAAUUCAUCUUAUAGAUUUAGAGUAUUCGCAGUAAACGAAGUUGGAGUGAGUGACGCUUCAGAACUUACUGAAUAUAUCCUCAUAAAGAAGUUUAUUAAUCCACAGCCGCCUACUGUAAUAAAAAUAUUAACAGAUAUUAUUAGAGAACCGAAUGAUGAAGUCGAAUUAACUUGCAUAUUCGGAGGUACUCCAGAACCCAAAGUGGUUUGGUAUAGAAAUGGAAAACAACUAAAAACAGCCAAAGCAACUUACAUUGAUCGAGUUGCAUCAUUGUUAGUAACAGCAAGCAAAGCCACAGAAGGUAGUUACAAAUGUGUAGCAUCAAAUACGGAAGGUGAAAUUAGUACUAGCUGUACACUACAGAUAAGACAGAAACCUAUUAUUACCAUAUUAGAGGAGGAAAUCGUACAAAAACAUGUAGUUGACGAAGAAUGGUGUGUUUCUGCAUUUAUUAAUGGCAUUCCAAGUCCUGAUAUCAAUUGGUCCAAAGACGGUAUGGGAAUUGACGACGAAGUAAAAGUGAUAACGGAUGAGAACACAAGUAUUAUAACGAUAAAGCAAUUGCAAAGAAGGCAUUCCGGGAGAUACACAAUCACAGCAAGUAAUGUUGCUGGUUCUACUUCCAUUGAUGUAAUGCUCAAAGUUUAUGACAAACCUAGUCAACCAGAAGGGCCAGUGGUGAUGAGAGAGAUAAGCCGUGAAUCAGUGACAAUAGAGUGGAAGCCGCCGUUAGAUGAUGGUGGACUUGAACUGAUCAAAUAUGCUAUUGAAAAACUGGAACCAGAACUUAAUCAAUGGGUUAAAGUAGCUGAUGUAGACAAAAACAUAGAAUCAUAUUGUAUACAAAAACUCAGUGAUAAUUGCGAAUACAUGUUCCGUAUCCUCGCCCAAAACCCCGUUGGGAUUUCCGAAGCUUUGGAAAGCGAUCCCAUCAUUAUUAAGAAUGCUUUGGACGUACCCUCGCCACCACUUGGUCCUCUUGGUAUUUAUGGUAUGGAAAUUGAUGGGGUAACUAUUUCAUGGUAUCCUCCUGAAAGAAAUGGUGGCUCAGCUAUAAUAGACUACUCUAUCGAGAUUCAAGAAGAUGGUGCUCAGUGGCGUUUCACUGCUACUUCAAUAAACACUUUUGUCAAAAUUUCCAAACUUAAAGAGAAUUCAACCUACCAAUUUAAGAUUAGUGCGAGAAAUGAAAUAGGCACGAGCCUGCCAUAUAUAUCCGAUGAGAAGGUCACCAUCGGUAAAACAGCUACGGCUCCGGGGCAACCGCAGUCUGUUCAAGCGAGGGAAGUCACUUCCAGAUCUGUGACGCUUCGCUGGACUCCACCUGCUAGCGAUGGAGGUUCACCGCUUACAAAUUAUAUAAUAGAAUGCAAGACAUCCAAAACAAAGUGGUCCAAAGUUGUGACGGUUUCAUCUGGAGUGGUGCAACAUUGUGUGGAACAUUUAAAACACAAGGACGACCUUAUCUUUAGAGUGUCAGCUGAAAACGCUAUAGGCGUUGGACCACCCACGGAAUCAGAAAGUGUUAGAUUAGAAAAAUAUGCCACCGUUCCCUCACCGCCAACCGGGCCGCUAGAAAUCCGCAUGGUGGGAACCAAUAUCACAUGCUCCUGGGGAACGCCGGAGUGGGACGGUGGCUCGCCACUUCUUGGAUAUAACAUUGCAAUCCGUGACGUCACUAAAACCAUGUGGAUGGAAGUAGGCAAAGUGGACGCUGGUGUCCUCAAGUUUAAUAUUCGGGAUCUGGGAGAGGACCACACAUACCUGAUUCGAAUAUAUGCCCGAAAUGAGAUUGGAUUAAGUGAACCUCUAGAACCGAUCGAACCCUUAAGAGUACUACCUUGUGAAGAUUCUCGUGCGGAAGCCAGUGAGUUUAGUGAAAUGACAGCGGGAACUGAACCCACAUCCUUCAGCCAGCCGACUUCCUCGUGGUUACGCGAACACAAUAUGGACGCCGACAUCCGUUCGUACGCGCGAGGUUCACUUUUGCGAAGAGACGAAUACUUCUUCCGCAUAUGGCUGUACGCGAAGCAGCUUUUCAAAUAA